GAUAGAUCAACAAAAAAAACAACAGAUCACACACAACAGAAACCAAACUCCUUCUAUCUUUCUCUCGAACCUCUGAUCUCCGUUUCAAACUCAGUCACACAACAGAUCACAUAUAAACCCUAAUCAGUUUUCCAUUUUCUAAAGAAGAAAUCAAACAAAAAUGGGAGAUUAUCACUUCAUAUACAAAGAUCUAGAAGGAGCAUCAACUCAAUGGGAUGAUAUUCAAACUAAACUCGGAAAUCUUCCAGCUAAGCCACCUGCUUUCAAACCACCAGCUUUCACUCCCGCCACUGAUCCUGAUUCCAUUCCCAAAGACAAAUCAUGGAUUGAUUCCAAAACUCAUGAUGAACUUGAAGACCUUGAAGAUGAUUUUGACGAUGAUCGUUUCUUAGAAGAAUAUAGGAAGAAGAGAUUAGCUGAGAUACAAGAGGCAGCUAAAGUUUUGAGGUAUGGAUCUGUGACUCCUAUUUCAGGAUCUGAUUUCAUUCGAGAGGUUUCGCAGGCUCCAUCUGAUGUUUGGGUGGUUGUCAUUCUUUACAAAGACGGGAUUCCCGAAUGUGGGGUUUUGAUGCAAUGCAUUGAAGAACUUGCUACAAUGUAUCCUGCAACAAAAUUUGUGAAGAUAAUAUCAACUGAUUGCAUUCCUAACUACCCGGAUUGUAAUCUUCCUACAUUGUUGGUGUACAACAAUGGAGCAGUUAAAGGAAAUUAUGUCGGUAUGAGUAGGUUUGGGCGAAGAUGCACUCCUGAAGGUGUUGCAUUGAUCCUGUGCCAAUCAGAUCCUGUACUUAAUGAUGGCCAUAGCAGAGAUGAGGAAUCAAGACAAGCCGUCAUUGAUGGAGUACGCAAGAGGUUUAUAGAGAAAGUCGUCGCUGAUCAUGAAGAGAAGGAUGAUGAUUCUUCAAGCGAUUAGCAUUUUUUACUGUCUUUGAUGUCUUUUUUUUCUUUAUUUUCUUUUUGGACACAUGUUUAUCUUUAAGUUUGAUGAAGUGAAACACUACAUUUGUAAGGUCACAACUUUGCUCUCCCGUAGUAUCCCCCAUAAGGUUGAUUGGUGUAGUAGUAGUCUCGCAUGAAGCACAGACACUCCUCUUAGGCGUGUUCUGGUGUUUGACACGCGUCGGUGUCGGACAUUAGCACUUAAAAUUACUUUGAAUUAUGUUAUUUUCUCUAAUUAUUGUCGGUGUCGACGUGUCAGUGUCUGGUGUCUAUGUCUAUGCUUCAUAGGUAGUCACUUCUAACUUAAAGUUAAAAUGUAGUCUGAAGUGUGAUAUUCCCAUUGUUGCUCCAUAGACUGUAAAUUAAUUUCAGUUUGCAUUUACUUA